AUGACUAGAUCAUCUGUGGAGAACUCCUUAAUGAAGAUUAUGGCCUACGCAUCUCGUCCCCUACCAGAUUUCAAUAAAUAUGAAGCUUUGGAGAUGCUAGAAUCGCUUCAACUUACGGCUCAAGAUACCAAGCAUGACCGUCAGAAUUUCUAUCGUUUGGUUUACCAAACAGUCCGUGGAAAGCUCGAUGUGCCUCGGGAUCAAUUUAGAAGUCUCGUCCUGCGCCUUUUGGGCGAUAAAGAUCAUGAAAAGAUCUUUGAUUGUGUGGCGAAGGUAGAGAAACACUAUCGUUCGAGGGACCGGGUCGGGACCGCAGCUGUGUCUCCCUAUUACAGGGAAGGCCGGGAGAGAAAUGUCAGAGAUUUCCCGAGAAACCCGGGAAGGCCUAUGUCGUGUUUCUACUGUGGAAGACUUGGCCAUAUUAAACGAUUCUGCGAGGCAAGAAAAAGGGAUCUUUCUGGGAACAUGGGGUUGCAGAAGAAUGGCACGUCUCCAGCGUCAGCCGCAAAAUAAAGUGUGAACUUUUCGCAGACAACACAUGUUAAGCUGAUUUAGGUUUUCUGUUUGGGUAAUAAACGUAUCUUCAAUUCAGUCAUGUCCUAUGUGAGUGUUUUCUCUUAAUUUGUAAUAAACUCGAUAGUCUUAGAGUUUUGAUAGCUUUGAAAACAGGGUUUCUAGUUACCCUCCCAGGAUUACUGGGUCAGAGCUGUCAUCUCUCUGCUGACUACUUUGGGGUUUUACCCGUGGGAAUAAUACCCUUUUCUCUUGAUGUUUUUCCCUAGGAAAUCAUUUCAUGGGCUUGGGAAUAUGACAAGAACUUCGAUAACGCUAUCACUCAUGGACAGUUUGGGGUGAAUGCAAUUCAAUGGGUAGACUCCAUGGGGAACUCCAUAGCGGUCAGCGGCGAGAUGACGGCACGUGAACUAAUGCAAAAGGUCACGCGUGUGGAGCAAGGCGAGAUUAUAAGGGAUGUAAAUGAGUUGUCCUUCCGAGACCCCAGUAAUUUUAGAGCUGGAGAGCUUCACGCUCACUACUCGUUUUGGGAGAAAGUCGCGGAACGAUGCCCUAAAAUGGCGGCUCAAACCGAUGUCUUGGAUUGGAUCAAAAAUAAAGUUUCGAUUUUUCCGUACUUCCAACAUUUCAGGGGCUCGUUUAAAGGCGAACAGUAUGAUUCUGACCGCCCACCCCACAGGCUGUUUAGAAACAACAUGUCAUGCAAGCCUUUUGUUCGCUUUGUUCAGGAAACUUUGAUCAAUCGUCUGGGGACUGGGGCGAUAUCUUUGGUGGGGAGAGUUGGGAAGGUGACACCGCCCCAUAUUGUACUACCUCUGACUGUUGAGCCGUCAAAGCCCCGCCUCUGCCAUGACGCGCGCUAUUUGAAUCUCUGGAUGAAGGACAAUCCUUUCUCUCUGGAUACCCGUAAUGAUUUGCCUCGUUAUUAA